GGCGUCGACUUGCCUCUUCCUUUUGUUGUCCGACGAGAUACGCAUCAUGAUGAGGUAAAGAACGGUAUAAAUGCAAUGCCCCUGCACCUUUACUUCUCCAUACCUGUGCAGGUGACAGAGUGGGAGCGACAGAGGUACCUUCGCAUCAGCAGACGUUUUACCUUAACUUCUUUCACUUUGAUUUAUGAUUCAGUAUGUCUUUUGUCAUGAAGUCCGCAGUCAGCCCCCGGAAUUUUUCCAGUUUAAGCGGCUCUGAGGCGGCAGUACAAAGAGGCCUUCGCUCCAGCGCCGGCAGCAUGUUCGGGGGAGCUGGAGGACUGGGUUCUCAAAUCUCGGUGUCCAGCAUAAAGGGGCUUUCCAAUAACUUGCGCUCCCAUUUUGAUAUUAACGCCGGGGCUGCCGCUCUUGGCCUCAAUAAUGAAAAGGAAACCAUGCAAGGUCUAAACGACCGUUUGGCUGGGUACUUGGGCAGGGUGCGAAAACUAGAAGAAGCCAACCAAAAGCUGGAAGAUCAAAUCAAAGACGUGAUGUUGAAGAGGGGGAACACCCAAAAAGACUGGAGUGCCUAUGAGAAACCGCUGGCCGAUCUCAAGAAACAGAUCAGCGAUAUGACUUUGGAGAAUGCCAGACUCAUACUGCAAAUUGACAACGCCAGGCUGGCUGCUGACGACUUUAAAGUCAAGUGGGAAGCAGAGCUGGCCAUGCGCCAGGGUGUGGAGCAAGACAUCAGUGGCCUUCGUAAGAUCAUUGAUGACACCAACAUGGGUCGCAUGCAGUUGGAGAGUCAGAUCGAAUCCCUGAAGGAGGAGCUGGCUUUCCUUAAAAAGAACCACGAGGAGGAAGUGGCUGCCAUUCAAGCCCAGAUUAAUGACUCCAGUGUCUCAGUGGAGAUGGACACUCCCAAAGGACCAGACCUCAAUGAAACCAUUAACCAGAUUCGCAAAGAGUAUGAGAAAGCUGUUCAGAAGAACCAGGGGGACACUGAAGCCUGGUAUCAGAGCAAGUUUGAUGGCCUGUCAGCUGAAGUAAACCAGAACACAGAGGCUCUGCAGGCUGGGAAGUCUGAAUUAAAUGACCUCCGUCGGCAGAGACAAACCUUGGAGAUUGAUCUUCAGGGUCUCCACAACAUGAAUCGCUCCCUGGAAGACACCCUACGGGACACGGAGAAUAGCUAUGCCAAUGACAUGAACCGACUGAACCAGAUCAUCUUGCAACUAGAGGCAGAGCUGGGGCAGGUGAGGGCUGACAUGGAGCGUCAGGCCAAUGAGUACACUGUGCUGCUCAACAUGAAGAUGCAGCUGGAGGCUGAGAUUGACACUUACCACCGCCUCCUGGAGGGGGAAGAUGGCAGAGUUGAUUUAGAGCAACCAGUGAAUGAAGAACCGAAAAAGGAAAGUGUUAAGACGGUGGUGGUGAUCAACCAGGAGCUAGUAGAUGGCAUGGUGGUGUCUCAGAAUGAGAUGCAAUUAGAGCUUUAACUGGCAAGAGCUGCAGAUGAUACAAAGCACGUGCCUUGCUAAUACUUCUAUUUGAAUCAUAGCUUCUUCUGUAAUUUGAACAGUCUUUCCCUAUCUUCACUGAGGAUGGCUAAAAAAUAUGAUUUGCCUUUGUAUACCAGUUCAUAAAGUCUCAAGAUUUUUCUCUCUCUUCAAUAAAAAAAUGGGACCCAAA